AUGCCGAACAACUCAGACACAAUCCAAUCGCUUGGAAAGGUACUUGUAGUCGGCGGUUGCGGUUUUCUUGGGAGCCACAUCGUCAGCUUCAUUGUCCAGCGUCACCCCCAGACACAAGUCGCAGUCCUCGAUCUGCGAACCAACUCGAACCGCAACGCCAGUCCGACCGUAUCAUACCACGAUGGCGACAUCACAGAUGCUGCCGCUAUGAAGGCGCUGUUCACUCAGGUCAAGCCCGACGCGGUCAUCCACACAGCAUCUCCACACUUCGAUCUGAAGCCGGAGAUCCACGAGAAGGUCAAUGUUGGUGGAACCAAGGUCCUACUGCAAGCCGCGCAAGAAUCUGGAGUCAAGGCAUUCGUGUAUACAAGCUCAGCGAGUGUUAUCCUCGACCAUGAAACCGAGCUCAUCAAUGCGGACGAGAGGUGGCCGCUUGUUACUGGCGACGCCCAGCCUGAGUACUACACAACCACAAAGGCAUAUGCAGAGACGGCCGUCCUCCAAGCCAACCGCAACCCCGAAAACUUCCUGACUGCCGCCAUCCGCCCCGCUGGCAUCUUCGGCGAAGGCGACGUACAAUUGCUCCCCAAGAUGGUCAACGCAUACCGCAAGGGCCAAACCAAGUUCCAGGUCGGCGAAAACACAAACAUGUUCGACUUCACCUACGUCGAGAACGUCGCAUACGGCCACGUCCUCGCCACUCUCGCACUGCUCCACACGCACAAACGGCUACCCAGCAUUCCUCUCGACACCGAGCGCGUCGACGGCGAAGCUUUCUUCAUCACCAACGGCCAGCCCGUAUACUUUUGGGACUUCGCGCGUGCCGUAUGGCACGAGGCGGGCGACCGUUUACCCUUGAGCAGCGUGUGGCAUCUUAGUGCCGACUUUGCGUGGACGGUUGGCGCGAUACUGGAGAAUGUUUUCUGGCUCAUGGGGAAAAAGCCGAAUUUGACUAGGGCGCAGGUCAAAUAUAGCAGCAUGUCGAAAUAUCACAGUAUCAAUAAGGCGAGACAGCGGUUGGGAUAUGAGCCGCUUGUUACUCUGGAUGAGGGCAUCAAGAGGGGUGUAGGGUACAUUCUGGAGCAGGAGAAGAAGGCUGGUGAGAAGAAGGGACAGUAG